CCUUGCUGCGCUCCCGCCUCCAUCCUCGCAACACCAUCUACUCCACUCGAGUAUUUUCCGUCCAACGCGCAGCUGCUUAUCACCCCACUUACCAACAGCAUCACUUCGACGGUACGAACGCAAUGGCUUUCGGACGCUCCUCCGCUGUAGCCACCAACGGCCAUGGUGCACCGGCUGCACGCUCGAACAGCCUUCACCGUCCUGCCCUCACGGCCACCCAUGUGUUGCACUGGAUCUCCUCCCUCAUCGUCAUGAGCAUCGCCGCGUACUUUAUCCGCAACUACAGGAACAACACGCACUUGGUGUACUGGGUCUCCAUCGCUGCCAUCGAUGCCAUCCUCUUCCUCCCAGCACUGCUGCUCCCUGCCAUGAAGUCGUACAAGGGCUACCUCGCUCCCCUCCACUGGAUCUUCUCGUACCUCUGGCUCACAGCCUUCAUCUUCGCGGCGCAGGACUACAACUACAACAACUGCGAGUACAAUUCUCCCGGUCCCUUUGUCAACAAGUGCUCCUUGAAGAAGACACUCGAGGCUUUUGCUUUCCUGGCCUUCCUCACCAACCUCAUCGGUACUCUCCUCGAGGGCAGACUGUGGGACAUCAACCGCUUCAAGGGCAAGCGCGAGAUGGCUCCCAUCACCAACCAGUCGACUACGGCACCGCACGCCGUUGUCUGAAAGGCAGGUUUCUCGAGUAUCCAGACAGACACACGGCUAGUUUGAAGACGAUACCUAACGAUGGGGUGGAAUUAUUGGUGACUGACAUUGUCGCUUGAUGCGGGUUAGCACAUUGGGAACAUGGAUGGCUGGGCUAGUAAUACCUGAUAGAUGCUGCUUCAAUACACAUAGCUGAUGCAUCUUUGACAAUUAUUUUUCAUGUGAAACCUCGCAUCCAGGGUUCCGAUAUCUGCCUAUGACCAAACGCGAAUCUCCUCACCUUGACAAACAGUUUGUGGCUUACAUGAAUACUUCCUGCCACACGGGUUUUAUAGAGUGACUAAGUACAUCGAAGUGACAGAAACUACU